AUGAAAUUAGGCUCCCAGGUUAAAGUUUACCCACCGUACUCACAUGGCGGCAUUGAUUUAUCAAAUUAUUUCCCCAGCGAGCGAUAUUUUAAUUCUGUCGUCUACAUUCACAAGAAGUUCUUAAAACCAAAAGAAAAGAAAGAAAAAGACAAAGUCAAUGACAAAGAAAAAAAACCAAAAAAGUUAAAGAAAACCAAAGCUGAUAAAUGUCAACAAUUUGCAAGUGAUGUUAUCAGAGCUGAAAUACCUAUUUAUCAAGACAGUGGUGAACAUAUAGGUUUAAAAAAUGAUAUCCAUAACUCUGUACUAGGACAAACUAUGCAAUUUGCAAAAAACAUAGUUCCGAUAAUAAUACCACCUACCAAAGAACAAUGUCCAGUAUAUUACGCUAUCAAAGCCACGAAAAAGUCUAAGAAACAAGCUAAAGUUCCAGAAAAUUUUGACGGUACACAAGAUAUAACGUACAAGAAAGAAAAAUCGAGAAAAGUUGAAACUUACAGAUCUGAACGCGUUGGAAAGGAAAGUUUUAGUGUCAAAGAAACGAUCAGCUAUUCUUCGCGAAGCGAUACUUUAAACGAAAUACAUUUAGACCCGUCUUUGUGUUGUUCAUUUUCUGACGCUUCUGAGCAAAAACAUCAGAAGAAAAGAAAAAAAGAAAAAAAAGAUUCUCAAAAAUUUAUUGUUUCUGAAUCUUUCGAAGCAUUUGCAAGUAAGUAUUGUAGUCAUGGUGAUACGAAAGUUAAAGUCCAUUUAAUGAACGAUACAGAUAAAAGUUUGCUAGCCGAUAAUAUCAAGGUUCCAAUUUUAAACGCUAUCAGAGAUUGCAUCAAAGAUAUUAACAAGAGAGAAACAGACGAAGUAAUAACUGCAGUAUAUAAAUUUGUUCAGUGUAAUACACAGCAGCUUGAUAACAUAAUGGAGAAAGUGACAAGAGUGGAGAAAAAAGUCGAUGAAUAUUUUAUUAAAGAAAAAGAGCUAAUUUGUCCUAAGCUUGUGCUACCUACUGCAACAAUGCCUGCUGCAAAGUUGCCUUCUGCACGGUCUGAGAAAUUUUCUAAAGAGAUUAAACAACAAAAAUUGUCAGCAUUAGAAAGAUUAGAAGAUGAUAUUUUAGAUGCCAAUUCUGAAGGUGAGGAAGAGUUUUUGCAGAGUAUUGAUUUAACUGCCAGAAGGAAGGUAAAAUCUAAAAGCGCUGUUAUGGAAAUAACGGACAAAGCAGCAGACGGUGUUCAGAGGACAGAGGAAAAUAUGUCUGAAAUAGGAUGUGGGGAAACUUUAAUAGCGACCGGUAUGGGCGCUAGGCCUAAUAGGCUACCAGCUCGUUACUGUUGGACUGGCGUCGCCAGAAACGCAUAG